AACUUUAAAAAAGCUAAUUUUCCUAAUUUAUAUGAUGCCUUUUCAAAGACCGAUUGGUCAUUUAUGGAAGCUACGGUUUCUGUGGAGCAUCAGUUUAAGGUCUUUUAUGAUUUAAUAUUAAAGGAAUUGGACAGUUUUGUACCAAAAUAUCCUAAUAUACCUAGGAGAAAUUUUCCACCUUGGUUCACAAAUAGUAUUAUAAGGGAUAUAAAGCUUAAGAGUUUUCAUUACAACAAAUUUAAAAAAUAUGGAAGAACCGAUGAUAUAAACACGUUUAAAUUGUUACGCAAUAAAUCUAAAAGAGAUAUAUCUAAAUCUUACUAUCAAUACGUUUCAAAUGUGGAAAGCAGUAUCAUAAAUAAUCCUAACAAAUUUUGGAGUUUUAUAAAGAAUAAAAAAGAUACAAGAGAUAUUCCUAAAGAUAUGUUUUACAAGGACACUCCUAUAAAGGGCACCCUUGAAAUAGUUAAUUCCUUCGCUGACUACUUUAAACGAUCUUUUUUAAAUAAUAAUUUACACCCUAAUUCUCAUCAUACCCCAAAUAACUCUCUUAAUAUAAAUAUUUCUUGUUUUUCAGAACGCGAAGUACUCAAUGCUUUAAACAAAUUAAAACCUAAAUUUACAACAGGACCGGAUCUUAUUCCUGCAUUUAUUAUUAAGGACUGUAGGCAUAUACUUGUAAAGCCUUUACUUGUUUUGUUUAACAACUGUCUUUUAUCGGGGUCUAUUCCCGCAUUAUGGAAAGUUUCCAAGGUUUGUCCUGUAUUUAAAAAAGCACGGAUUUUUUAAAGGAAGGUCUACGAGCACAAACCUUUUGCUUAUAACUCAGAAUAUUGCUGAGGCAGUUGAUAAUGG